AGCCGGGAUCGGGCCACGGCGGGGGAGGAGCUUGCGGAGGGGCCACCCCCGGCUCUGCCCGCGGAUCCACUGCCCCGGAGGCCUCCCUCCAGGGCCCUGGCUGCAACUUCUCUUCCGUAGCCCCGAUCUGCGCCCGGGCGCACGCGCGCUCCCACCCGGGCCCCCGCGCCCACGGCGCCCAGCUGCCCCGCGCACCUUCCGUCUAUUUUUUCUCACUGCUUUCAUUCUCACACUCUAAAAUAGGUCACGGGGUGGAAGUUACACCUGGUACAGCCUCCGCCUCGGAUGCAAAAGCAGCUUUUCCUCCCGGGCUCCGGGAGAGCAUUGCAACUAUUCGGUUCGGUGGAGCUUCCCGCCCCCAUUCGGUGCAGGAAGCUCGCCGGCCGCGGCUCUAACAAUGGUCUGCGGAGGGGAGCGGCGGGAAGCCUGCUGUCCAGCCUAGUUCAGCCGGCCCUGCGCCUGCCCUCCCUCCGGGACCGGGAGGAGGGGGCGCGACAGGUCGGCUCACUUGCGAGCGCCCGGGACUGGAAUCUGGCCGCCUGGGUGAGUUUCUUUUGUCGUCCCUGUCGCCGAGGGUGACCUGUUUACCUGGAAAACUUAGACGUGAUCAAAACAGGCGAGCCUGCCCUGCAGAUGGGGACUGCGGAAUGUGCCUCCGAAGUCCACCGGGCAAAUCAGAGCUCUGAGCUGCAGGGGACGUGCUUGGUGUCUUGAAGGGCCUGGGCCCCCUGCAGAGUGGCUCAUCAUGUGAAGGAAUCUCUACUUGAUGUCACCCUAGUACUUUUCACCUUUCACACUGAGAAGGUCCUGAGCAACAACUGUCACUCUCUGAGGGUGGAAACUGCCAUGAUUCACAAAGACAAGAAGUAAUUUUCCUGUAAUCACAAGAUGACUCAGGAUGGACCAUGAGGCGGCCCAGCUGGAGAAGCAGCAUGUGCACGACGUGUAUGAGAGCACCGCCCGGUACCUCAGCGACCUGCAGGGCAAAGCCUGGCCCCGCGUCCGCCAGUUCCUCCAGGACCAGGAGCCCGGCAGCCUCAUCGCCGACAUAGGUUGUGGGACUGGAAAGUACCUGAAAGUGAAUAGCCAGGUACAUAGCCUGGGCUGUGACUACUGUGGGCCGUUGGUAGAGAUUGCCCGGAGCAGGGGAUGUGAGGUCAUGGUGUGUGACAACCUUAACCUCCCCUUUAGGGAUCAGGGCUUCGACGCCAUCAUCUCCAUAGGAGUUAUACAUCAUUUCUCUACAAAACAAAGAAGAAUCCGAGCAAUAAAGGAAAUGGCCCGCGUCUUGGUUCCCGGAGGCCAGCUGAUGAUUUACGUUUGGGCUAUGGAGCAAAAGAACCGGCACUUUGAGAAGCAAGACGUGCUGGUUCCGUGGAACAGGGCCUUAUGCUCCCGGCUCCUCUGUGAAUCCAGCCAGCCCGGGAGAAGGAAGCCGUGUGGACACCUAGAGAGAAGCCACCCCUACCACCCUCCUUGCUCCGUGUGUAGCUGCUCUGUUUGUUUUAAGGAGCGACGGGACUCCAAACGGUCCCACAGCCUGGACUACGAACCUGUCAGGGCCAGGACUUGCUGUGCAAACAUUUCGAAGGACGCUGGGGAAGGAAAUGGGUUCUGUAACACAUUAGGGAAAUCUUUUCGCUCCUGGUUUUGCUCCAGAUCUUUGGAUGAGUCAAGUCUGAGGAAGCAGAUCGAAAGAGUGAGACCCUUGAAAAACACAGACGGUUGGGCCACCAGCACUAUCUCCAUCCAGCCUUCCAGACACUCUAGUUUAGACAGGGACCCCCAAGAGCCAUUUUCAACAAGAGAGCCAAGUUCAGACGAGGACGUGUUUGUGGAAAGUUCUCAGAAGCAUUUGGAGUGGCUGAGAGCACCAGCCCCCGGGAAGCAUCUCCGUGGAGACCCUCAAGGAGAAACCGGGAGGAGUGGCGGUGGGGAUGGUCUGGGUAGCGCCCGCUCUCCUGAGGAGGGUGCGGCUGCGGGUGCCUUAGGAGAAGGGAAGCCUUCUGUUCGUAGACCACUGAGGAGGAUCUCUACGGUUGACUCCACAGAUUCCAUCCCAGACGACACAAUUCCUGUGGAAGGACAACAGCCCGACGUUUUGGAUUCCAGGGCCUUUAUGCGCUACUACCACGUGUUUCGCGAAGGCGAGCUCUGUGGCCUGCUGAGGGAAAACGUGUCAGAGCUCCAUAUCCUGAGCUCUGGGAACGACCACGGCAACUGGUGCAUCAUCGCCGAGAAAAAGGAGACCUGCGGUUGACCGGCUCAUCUCAGACAGCUCCUCUGGAGAUGCGCCCCGCUCCUGUCCCCGGCGUUGGGAUGGCGACCUGACUCUGCAUCCACUUCCACUGUUUUUUGACCCACGCAUGCUCUGGUCUGCAGAGACUGUGGAAGGUCAUCUUUGAAUCUUUGCGUAAACACAGAGCCGGGCGUCUGAAGCACUUGGCGAAGGGUGUUUGUGGGGAAAUGCUGAUGGAAGAGAUCUGAAGAAGCAGCGUGCAGUGCGCUUCAGUACAGUUUGGGGGUUUUCCCCCCUGAAAGGUGAAAUUAUUAUGAGACUACACGUGUAUAGUUUUUCAGUCUUAUAAACUGAUUUUAAAAGAUCCCGUUUGUAAGUAUACCUUCCAUAAAAGGCAUUUUUAUAAAGUUAGGGGGUAAUUCUGUUUCUCGGAUUAUAUUUUAGAUCUGUGUGCCAGAUAACAGGUAAGCCUGUUCCGUGGCACAGAUGGAAAUCGAACCGGGUGAUAAAUUAUUUUGUUGCCAAGGCCUUGCUUCGACUUAAAGUCUUCAGAAAGGCGAGAAACAGGAGAGAGAGAAAAAAAGUGUUACCGGACUUUUCACAACGGUAAGCAAUCUCGAUUCAAGCUACGUAGAUAACAAGGUUAUCGGUGUCACUCAGAAGUUUUUAAAGGCACGGUUAGCACAGAGUGUCUGUGGGUAUUGGUAGUUGGUAUUUUUCUGACCUUAAUAGACCAGGAAUAUCCAGUUGUGAUAAGACCAAGAUUGACCAAGGAGGAGUUUUCACCUAGAACAGUGGUUCCCACCUUUUUUUGGCAUGCCCCACCUAAGGAUCUCUAAAAUCCUGAUGCCCCCCUGUGGCAUAUAAUUCUUAUUAUUCAAAAAGUGAACUCCUAUUCACACGGAGGAAGCCUAAAAGGCCAUGAACUUGGUCUAAGUUC